GAGCUAGUAAUCAGGUACGAAUACGCCAGAGACAAGUAGUCACCGAUUGUAGGCUACGUGAUGCCUCCCGAGACAUGUCUGCGUAUCGGGAAAUCAAAACACAUUGACGAUAUGGCAUCGCACGAUCCACUAGCCAACACCAAACCCGGUCUCGUACCUCACGACAAACGCGACGCUCAGUUACACCAAACGAGACGGUACUUCUAAACCUAUAUCCGUAGAUAUGGUCCAGUACAUCAUCGCCUGGGUUUCGAACACUGACGAAAGGCCACGUCAAACGUCAUGGCAAACCAGGGGAGCACAGUUAAGAAAGAUCCGCGGCAAGCUGAAGACAUGUUAGUCCGCACACAGACGGUCGUUUGGCCUGGUUCAACGUUUGUUACGACGUGGACUUUGGGAACAGGCUCUGACCCGACCGAAUCUCCGGCUACCGUUGUCCCUGCGCCAAAUUUAAGUUCAACGAGCAAUCAAAAUGUCGGUCCUAUCCUCAGUGGUGUCGUAGUAUUAUUAGUAUUAAUACUAAUUUUUUGGUUUUGUUGUCGGCAGGGCGGCCCUAACGGUCGUAACUCAAAACGUUCAAGUCGGCGAUAUGGAUCGAGUUAUACAAGCAAAGGCAGCUCUAGCAGUUCAGGAGCUUCAAACACUUCAUCUCAGAACGACGCAAGUGUCGGGUCGGCAGCAAGCGAGAUAGUUGAAGACCAAUGGAACCAACAAGCGUCGGCGCCCGAAAGGCCAAUGCCGGGAAUGCCACCACCUGUCGCAGGACAAUGGCCGGCACAACGGCCCGGAGUUGGAAUCGGACAAGUGCCGCGGCCGCCUCAUCGAGGUAUGAAUUUCCCACCAGGCUGCGGCGGGCCUCCGCCGGUGAUGGGUCAAGGGUUACCGGGUCGAGGAGGACCUCCGCCAAUAAUGGGUCGCGGCGGAUUUCCUCCAGGCGUCACGCAAUAGUUCUUCAACCCUCAAGUUUCAACUUUCAACUUUCUCCUCGAAUAGGGCUUCCAUCCCGAAGGCUCAGUUAUUCUCAUGACAGUCUCACCAUAAAAGGGAGUGACGGUCCAUAAGAUCCUUUGGGACACUUCACUCUCAAUGAAAUAAAUGACUACCUAUAAUUCGGGCUGUUUACUAGACGACUUAGGGAAGGGCAUAACAACGCAACUGGAUCCUGGAGCUAUACAAGAUGUGCUGGAGGAGGGUGCUAUGGUUUACAGUGAAACACCCUCGAAGAGUUUGACGCAUAGAACAGCUGCAGUGGCGGUAAUACCUCCCAUAACGACUAUCCGCAUCCCUUCCUAACAGCCUUCAUUCACCCUUUCCCACACG